AUAUAUAGAAAUUAGUUUCAAAAUGUAGUCGCUAUAAUAAUUCCGAUUAUUUUUUAUCAAAUUGUGUAUACCAUUUCAGGACCUGGAUCAAAAGAUCUAUUUGUAAAUCCAGUAGACGCAAAUAUGCUGAGAUGAAAAAUAAGUUCAUAUUGGCAACAAGCUUUGUGGAGAAAGGCCAUUUAAUUCAUUCCAUCUGAUUUUAAUUGUAGUUUAAUGUAAAAAAUAUAUGUUAUAUGUAUAUACGUAUCUAUUAGGUUAACAUAGUAUGGAAAUAUGUAGGACAGGGAUGGCUAAGCGAUACGAGCCACUGCCUACACUUAAUUUCAACGAUAUCAGCGUUAUCACAAUUUUUGAUAUGAGUGCGAUAAGAGUUUUAAGUACCUAUAGCUCAAUAACAUUAUUUAGUCACGACGAUUCGUCGCCCUGGAUGGUAGGGAAACCUGUAUUUUGACUGAAUCUUUAAAGAUUUAGUAUAAAUUUAUACGUAUGCUUCUCCUAGCACGUUCAACUUAUAGUUGAGUUGUGACCCGUUGUUACACGGGUAUCUUAUUCAUAGUCCUUCCUCAAGAAAUUAACUAUCCAUCAGUGAGAACCGCAACGAAAUCUCAUAAGAUUCAGGAGUUAAAGUUCACACAGAAAACAAUUCCAAAAGCUUAGAUCGACUUAUUUAUACACUUCAUAGUCUCUUUGUGGUGAUCGUUACAUACUUACUAAAUCUUUAGUAGUGAUGUAGUCUUCUGUUUCUACUGUACUUGAGACGGUUUUGUGGUUUUGUUACAAUAAAUUAUAAUUUGAGUGCUCAUUUUCCUUAUUUCGUCAUUUCUACAAUACAGAUUAGAUUAAUAGGUGUGUAUUCUGUCCAUUGAAGAAGAUAUGUUCCUUAUCAUAUAGAAUGUGUUGGGCAAAUUAAACUAGUCAAUUGCUGGAUUAUUGUCUGUACAAACACAAAAUAUGUACAAUAGUGUAGAAAUAACGUGGUUUUUUUUUUCUGUAACAAUAUCAGUGAUUUUUAAUUGGUCUGUUGCUUAAAUAUACUUUGGCUUGGUUGCAAAACACUAAAUAAAUGAGUUGAAUACAUUUACAUUCUACGGACAUGUAAGUAAAGACGAUAUGAGUAAUAGAAUUGGCCCAUUUAAUAGUGAAUUAUUAUUACACAAAAUAGACUUUUAUAAAGUUUAAUUAAUAUCAUCAUUAAAAUGCAAUUGUUGAAUCGAUCCGAUGGCUCGUACAAUAACAGCAACAGAAGACCAUAUUUUUGGAGCAAACUUUUAAUUUUUGUAUUUAUAUUAGCAAUAGUGUUUUAUAUGUAUCAUAGUCAAUCUUUAAUAGAGCGGAGCUAUAGUUGGAAGUGGCUUUCCGAUGAUGUCACCAAUGUGCAAAGACUUAGUGAUGGUUAUGUCGAAAAUGCGUAUGAAAAUAUUUUAAUAACAACUGGAAAUAAUAGUGUUAGUACGGAAAAUACUAAUAAAACAGUACCUGAUAAAAUUAAGGAUGAUCAAAUAACCAACCAUACUAAUGUAGAACCAUUAGAAACUGAUGUAAAUCAUCAAACAACAACAAAUCGUCAAGACGAUUUAAAGGUACGAACUAUUUUGCAGUGGUCAUCGGGAAGAAAUUCUCCAUUUUAUCACAUGGGAAAACAAAAUAAAAACUUCGUUAAAUUAUCAUGUCCCUUUGUUAACUGUUACGUGACAGACUACAAAAGGUAUUUCAAAAACAUUGCCGAAUUUGACGCCAUUAUAUUUAACGGGAAUUUUGUCAUAUACUAUGACAAAAAGGAUUUGCCUAAAUAUCGCUCCCAAAAUCAAAUAUACGUAUUUGGGGCGACAGAAUCUGCUCACAACAACCCAGUUUGUAAACCAGUUUUAGAUAACUUCUUCAAUUGGACCUAUACAUAUAGAUUAGAUUCAGAUGUUCGUUGGUCUUAUAUAGUCAUAUAUGACAUGAAUGGUACUGAGGUUGGUCCAAAAUCUGAAAUGAUUUGGCCUGAAAAAAUGGAUCCAAUAGACGAAGAAACUAAAUUGAUUCUAGACGGUAAAUCAAAAACUGCAGCCUGGUUUGUCUCACAUUGUGACACUUUAAGUAAGAGAGAAUAUUUUGCUAGAAGAAUAGAAAAAGAACUAAAGAAGUUAGAUACCAAUAUGUCAGUAGAUACAUACGGGGCGUGUGGAAAAUUUAACUGUCCGAGAAGUAAUGCAGAUAUGUGCUAUGGUCUGGUAAAAAGAGACUACCAUUUCUACUUCUCGUUUGAGAAUUCAUUUGCAGUCGACUACGUGACGGAGAAACUCUUAACAGCUUUGAACAACUUUGCUGUGCCUGUGGUAUUCGGUGGAGCAGAUUAUUCUAGGUAUCUCCCACCAGGCAGUUAUCUCAAUGCUCGGGAGCUGGGCCCGGAGAAUCUGGCAGUCACAAUGAAAGAGAUAAUCGAUAAUAGAACCCGUUAUCACGACUUCUUCCGAUGGCGGAAUCACUUCAAAUACAAACAGGGGGAGAAUGACACAGAAAUCUGCAACAUUUGCACGGCGCUUAAUGAUCCAAGGAAAGUCGGGACACCUAACUUGUAUGAAAAUUUCAGAGACUGGUGGUAUGAAAAAUGGGAAGAGCACAGCAAAUGUAGAAACUAGUAGUUCUAUCCAAUAUUAAUUCAUGUAGGUACCUUUUGGUCUUGACUUCUUUUGACUUACAACCAGAAUAGACCAGCUUACCUCUAGAGAUUUUCACUUUUGUAUGAGAUUUUACUUUACGCUCUUCAGUAAAAAAACAUAUAUAUAUAUAUAUAGACUGAGAUUGGACUUACACGUUAGGGCUAAAAAUCUAAUUUUAUUACAAUAACAACGAAGAAGAAGUAAGAAACAUACUCACAAACUUCGCCUUUAUAAUAUUAGUGGGAUUCAUUGUAAUAAAACCUGAGAUCAGUGUAAACAAUAAAACGCUCGAAAAGAUUAAUUAAUGAUAACGUUGACCGUAAAAUGUAAAAAAUCAAUUAUGGCAAGCCCUUCUGGCAUGACAGGGAUCAAUACUGUAUUAAUGAGUUUCUUUCGGCAUUUUUUCUCAGCAGUGGUCGUUCCGAAAUGUCAGUAAUUAGCUUUGUAAGAAAUUACUGAAUAAUGUAAAAUCUGUGAAAAGUGCCUGAUAAGGUCUAAUUUCUAAAAAAUCGACCGUUCAUCAGUUUGACAUUAAGUAAUUAUUUUUAGAAGAGUCCUUUAUGUAUGUAACUCCAUCAAAAUCCGUUGCGUGGUUUAAAAAGCUUAGCUUUAAAACAGACAAAGGAGAACUAUGACUUUGUUUUGAACUCUGUAGUGGAUAGUGAUAAAAUAUAUUAUGUAACUAGCCAUAACGACCUGAAAUGAAGAAGUAAUCAAAUAAAAUGUAGCUAUAAUUAAAAUUAAAGGAAAAAUUUGGCCCUUUUUGGCAAUGUGUCAUGCCAUACAUGAUUCGGUCUGGAUAAUGAUGGUGAUUAUAAGCGGUAACCAGAAUUAUUUGUAAAAGCGUAAUUAGAUUUUAAAGCACUGGUGAUGUAAUGAUUAAGGCCUUAAAACUGAAAGGUCCCAGGUUCGAAUCCUACUGUUGCCACGUGAAUUUGUAUACCAAUCCGACUUAUGUAUAGUAGUUUCAUAGACCACCACUUGCUUUCGGUGAAGGAAAACAUUGUGAGGGAACCAGAACUCUUAUCGAUAAUUUAUCAUUUAGUAUGUAAAAAGAAUAAGGCAAUGGCAAACCAUAUAUAAAUAUAGUCGUUAUACUGUGCUUCACGACCCUCAGCCGUGAGGAAUACGACUCAAGAAGAACGACCCACGAAAAUUAAACCAGAGUCAUUACUCAAACUCAUUUAUAAUAAGCAUUGUUGGUCUUUUAUCGUAAAAAAUACUUUCUACUUAAACUUUUAAGUAGAAAUUCUAAGUAUGUAGGUACCUACUUAGUUGAGGUACAGUUUUGAAAUUGUAAAAUAUGAACAAUGUCAUUUAAGUUUGUUGUUUUUUGUAUUAUUUGAUAAUAAAAUAGAGGUAUUGCUAA